AUGCCUACCCGUCUUCAUCACAACCGCAAGAAGCGCGGCCACGUCAGUGCCGGUCAUGGUCGUGUUGGUAAGCACCGCAAGCAUCCCGGAGGACGUGGUCUUGCCGGUGGUCAGCACCAUCACCGUAUCAACAUGGACAAGUACCAUCCCGGUUACUUCGGUAAGGUCGGUAUGCGUCGUUUCCACUUGACCCGCAACGGCCAGCACUGCCCCAUCGUCAACCUCGACACCCUCUGGUCCCUUGUCUCCGAGCAGACCCGCAAGAACGCCGCCAAGAAGACCGAGGUCGUCCCCGUUAUCGAUACUCUUCGUGCUGGAUACGGCAAGGUCUUGGCUAAGGGUCGUCUCCCUGCCCAGCCCGUCAUCGUCAAGGCCCGCUAUGUCUCCCGUGCUGCUGAGCAGAAGAUUAAGGCCGUCGGUGGUGCCGUCCAGUUGGUUGCUUAA